CGCGCCCUAUGGUGAACUACCUAUAUUUAGUCCUAAUAUUUGGACGGAACUACAUGCUUCCUGCGUACUCCGACGGAAAACACCGUGUUGAAUUAUAGCUGAACGCACUGUAUCUAGAUCUUAUUGCAACAUCGUCAAUCGACUCCACAAUUACAGCACCUAAAAAGAAUAGUCAUAAGGCCGUCAACAUCCUCCUCGACUACUCCCAAUACAUAUCGUCACUUAGCGGCUAAUAUCAUAUCUUAUUCACUUCAUAAAUAUAAAUAUCUGUACCCAAGUAGAAUAAGUAGCCCAAAGAAGAAACUACUUGUCAGCCCCAUCCCAUCAACAUGGCGCCCACUCAACCACCGGACAUCUCCGUCAAGGAUCUGACAUACACCUUCCCCGACUACAGGACAGGCAUCCGGGGCAUAUCGCUGAACGUCCCACCGCGCAGCCGCACCCUUCUCAUCGGCGCCAACGGCGCGGGUAAAACGACGUUGCUGCGCUUACUAGCGGGCAAGCGUCUCGCGCCCGGCGGCACCAUCAGCGUGUCGGGAGUCGACCCCUUCAAAGACGGGCUGGAAGGAGUGACGUACCUCGGCCUAGAAUGGGUGCUUAACCCCAUCGUGCGCACCGACAUCGGGGUCGCCGAGCUCCUGCGCUCCGUCGGCGGCGACGCGUACCCCGAGCGGCGGGACGAGCUGAUCGGCGUGCUGGACAUCGACAUCGCGUGGCGGAUGCACGCGGUCAGCGACGGCGAGCGGCGCCGCGUGCAACUAGCCAUGGGCCUCGUGCGUCCGUGGACCGUGCUGCUGCUCGACGAGAUCACGGUGGACUUGGACGUGCUGAGCCGGGCCGAGUUCCUCGGGUGGCUGAAGCACGAGACCGAGAUCCGGGAGUGCACUAUCGUGUACGCCACGCAUAUCCUGGAUAACCUCGCCGGCUGGCCCACGCACCUCGUCCACAUGCACCUGGGUGCCGUGCGCGAGUGGGGACCCGCCGAGCAGUUCCUAGGCCAGGCCACGAGCGCGAGCACGGGGAACAGUCGUCUUGGAGAGUUGGUGUUGGGGUGGUUGAGAUCGGAUUUGAAGGAGAGGGGGCCGAGGAAUCAGAAGAAGAUGGGGACGGAGGGGUUGACGUAUUCGCAGGGGGGUCUUGGCGGGUAUGGGCUUGAGAGUAGCGAGAAGAGGAAGUAGGUCGCUUGGAUGGAAGAUGAGUCUGUUAUGGCCUAUCCGGCUUGGUGGUCUAAAAGAAAUGGGUGGCUAGGGGUGGAUGCACUUAACUUGCAUGGCACGGCGUAUUUUCAACAUGGUGAUAGCAAACGGACUCAACGGGUAUUUGUGCUGAGACAGGGGCGUUUAGGGAUGGAUUGGAAUGAAGUCAA